AUGACAACUACUACUUUCACAACUUUUCGUAUGUGUCCCAAAAAUACAUCAUGUGAUUUCUAUUUGGAAAUUAAAAAUGAUCAAUACACAACGGCAAAUCGUAUACACAUGGAUGAAUAUGGUCAAUAUUGUGACGCGUUUAUUCGUCUGUGCAAGAAUGGAUACCAAAUGCAUGAUAUUGGUCACUGUACGAUUUACUUGCAUGUGGAUCGACGUGGUGAACUUUCUGUAGAAGAAAAUAUGAAUUUGAAAAAAUUUACAUCGGGUUUUGAGAGAUGGGAGCCUGUUUACCACGGUUUAAGAGAUACUGAAGUUGAUAAAUACGUAUUUAACAAUCCCUUCAAAUAUGGUACAUUUGUCAGUACAUCAUGGGAUAAAGAAGUAUCAUUUGGUUUUAUGUGUGAAAAAGGCUGUUUAUUAGAAAUUGAUACGAGUGAACCACCAGAUGGAUGUCAACGAUUGGUUGGUGCUGAUGUAUCUUGGAUAUCUAAAUUCCCUGUUGAAUGUGAAUUUCUGAUUGCAAGGAACCCAGCAUUUGAAAUAACGGAGAUAGAAUUUGAUAUUGAAUGA